GAACAGGUGGGGCAGUCUGCCCCCAGCUCCUCAGCUGAAGCCACUCUAAGGAGGGUCAGGCCACCAGACAACUCGCCCGUCUUGCUGCCUGUUGACUAUGAGUAGCGACCUCUCGGCUUUCACCUUUGGGGGGUUCUGGGGACUCAAAGUAAACAGAGGCUUCCAGAGCUCCCCAGAGGAAGUUCCUGCAGCUGCUGCAGAGCCUCGGCACAGCCUGGGUGUCCUCCAUGCCUCCUACAGCGUCAGCAAUCACGUCGGGCCCUGGUGGGACAUCAGAUCUUACCAGCAGCGGUGGAACAGGCAGAUCCUCAAAGACAUCUCCUUGUACAUCGAGAGCGGGCAGAUCAUGUGCAUCUUAGGGAGCUCAGGCUCGGGGAAAACCACGCUGCUAGACGCCAUGUCCGGGAGGCUGCAGCACAAGGGGACCUUCCUCGGGGAGGUCUGUGUCAACGGCCAGGCGCUGCGCAGGGAGCAGUUCCAGGACUGCUUCUCCUACGUCUUGCAGAACGACACGCUGCUGAGCAGCCUCACGGUGCGCGAGACACUGCACUACACGGCGCUGCUGGCCAUCCGCCCAGAAUACCCCGGCCACCUCCAGAAGAAGGUGGAAACGGUCAUGGCAGAGCUGAGUCUGAGCCACGUGGCAGACCAACUGAUUGGUAAUUACAAUUUGGGAGGAAUUUCCAGCGGUGAGCGGCGUAGGGUCUCCAUUGCAGCCCAGCUCCUCCAGAAUCCCAAGGUCAUGCUGCUUGAUGAGCCGACCACAGGCCUGGACUGCAUGACUGCGAACCAUAUCAUCGUCCUCCUAGCACAGCUGGCCCGCAGGAACCGCAUUGUGAUCCUCACCAUCCACCAGCCCCGCUCUGAGCUCUUUCAGCUCUUUGACAAAAUCGCCAUCCUCAGCUUCGGAGAGCUGGUUUUCUGCGGCACACCAGUGGAAUUGCUUGAUUUCUUUAGUGACUGUGGUUACCCUUGUCCUGAACAUUCAAACCCUUUUGACUUCUAUAUGGAUCUGACAUCAGUGGAUACCCAAAGCAAAGAACGGGAAAUAAAAACCUACCAGAGAGUCCAGAUGAUUGAAUCUGCCUACAAAGAAUCAGCAAUUUGCCACAAAACUUUGGAGAAUAUUGAAAGAACAAAACACCUCAAAACAUUGCCAAUGGUUCCCUUCAAAACCAAAGAAUCUCCUGGAGCUCUCUCUAAACUGGGUGUUCUCUUGAGGAGAGUGAUGAAAAACUCACUGAGAGAGAAGCUGGCAGUGAUUAUGCGUCUCGUUCAGAAUCUGAUCAUGGGUCUGUUCAUCAUUUUCUUCCUCCUACGGGUCCAGAACGAUGUGCUGACGGGUGCCGUCCAGGACCGCGUUGGUAUCCUGUACCAGUUUGUGGGCGCCACCCCGUACACAGGCAUGCUCAAUGCUGUGACUCUCUUUCCUGUGCUGCGAGCUGUCAGUGACCAGGAGAGUCAAGACGGCCUGUACCAGAAGUGGCAGAUGCUGCUGGCCUAUAUGCUGCACAUCCUCCCCUUCAGCAUCAUUGCCAUUGUGCUCUUCAGCAGUGUGAGCUACUGGACUCUGGGCUUAUAUCCUGAGCCUGCCAGAUUUGGAUACUUCUCUGCUGCUCUCUUGGCCCCCCAUUUAAUUGGUGAAUUUCUAACUCUUGUGCUACUUGGUAUCAUCCAAAAUCCAAACUUAGUUAACAGUGUAGUGGCUCUGCUGAGCAUUGCUGGGGUGCUUGUUGGAUCUGGAUUCGUCAGAAACAUGGAAGAAAUGCCCCUUCUUUUUAAAAUCAUCAGUUAUUUUACAUUUCAAAAAUAUUGCAGUGAGAUUCUUGUAGUCAAUGAGUUCUAUGGACUGGAUUUGACUUGUGGCAGCUCAAAUGGUUCUGUGACAACUAACCCAGUGUGUAUCUACACUGAUGGAAUUCAGUUCAUUGAGAACACCUGCCCAGGUGCAACAUCCAGAUUCAAAACAAACUUUCUGAUUUUAUAUGCAUUUAUUCCAGUUCUUGUCAUCCUAGGAAUAAUUGUUUUUAAAAUAAGGGAUUAUCUCAUUAGCAGAUAGCAAGUAACAUUGCUGGGAAAAUGGAACUUAAGCUGCUACAUGUGCGUCACUGCUCUGAAAGUCUGAAAUAAGAAUGUCAUAUAUUUCUUUCCUGAUAGGACAUCUUAAGUCUUGUAACCAUUAAGACUCCAUUUGUGCCCCUUGGAUCCACUCAGGCCUUGGAUUCAAUGGAAAUAGAUCACAGUUCCUUGCUAUUCCAACUUGCAGGGAUAUGUGGUAUUUAGAAAUUGUGACUGAGUUGGUCCAAGAAUGUAAAUAAUAAUUCAUAAACCUAUGAGACACUGGUGUGACUGUUUGUUUUCCUUGUUCUAGACGCAGAAAAAUAGGUCCAUUAAAAAAAUUCUGCUUACAUUUGAGAAAGGAUUCAGUAAAAAGAAAAUGUUUGAAUGAUCACUGACUGUAAAUAACAGAAAAAGGAGUUGUGGGUUUAAAUGGAGCAAAGCCUCAUGCA